CUGGGCCGGCGGGGGCGGGCUCUCUGCAGAAAGAUUUGAAGGUGGCGGUGGCGAAGGCGCAGGCCGUUAGGGCCGCACGGAGGCAGCACAUCUUAAUUCUGACUGGACAGUUUAAGUGCUCCUUAGCUACCUGUGGCUAGUGGCUACCCUUGUUGGACAGCGCAGAUCCAGAUGGUAAUGAAUCGCCCACUGCAGAAUCUAAAAGGUGAAUAUGAAAGGUUUAUAUUUUCAACGAAAUUCUACAAAUGAGGAAAUAACAUUUGUAUUUCAAGAAAGAGAAAAUCUUCCUGUUACAGAGGAUAACUAUGUGAAACUUCAAGUUAAAGCUUGUGCUCUGAGCCAGAUAAAUACAAAGCUUCUGGCAGAAAUGAAGAUGGAGAAGGAUUUUUUUCCCGUUGGGAGAGAAAUUGCUGGAAUUGUGUUAGAUGUUGGAAACAAGGUAUCAUUCUUUCAACGAGAUGAUGAAGUGGUCGGAAUUUUACCCCUGGAUUCUGAAGACCCUGGACUCUGCGAAGUUGUUAGAGUACAUGAGCACUACCUGGUUCAUAAGCCAGAAAAAGUUACAUGGACAGAAGCCGCUGGAACCAUUCGCGAUGGAGUACGAGCCUACACAGCUCUGCAUUAUCUUUCUCAUCUCUCACCAGGAAAAUCAGUGCUGAUAAUGGAUGGAGCAAGUGCACUUGGUACGAUAGCUAUUCAGUUAGCACACCAUAGAGGAGCCAAAGUGAUUUCAACAGCAUGCAGCCUUGAAGACAAGCAGUACCUUGAAAGACUUAGGCCUUCUAUAGCCCGAGUGAUCGAUGUAUCGAAUGGGAAAGCCCAUGUUGCUGAAAGCUGUUUAGAAGAAACAGGUGGCCUGGGAGUAGAUAUUGUCCUAGAUGCUGGAGUGAGAUUAUAUAGUAAAGAUGAUGAACCAACAGUGAAGUUACAACUACUACCUCAUAAACAUGAUAUCAUCACACUGCUUGGUGUCGGAGGCCAUUGGAUAACAACAGAAGAAAACCUGCAGUUGGAUCCUCCCGAUAGCCACUGCCUUUUCCUCAAGGGAGCAACGGUGGCUUUCCUUAACGAUGAAGUUUGGAAUCUGUCAAAUGUACAACAAGGAAAAUAUCUUUGUAUCUUAAAAGACGUGAUGGAGAAGUUAUCAACUGGUGUUUUUAGGCCUCAAUUGGAUGAACCCAUUCCACAUUAUGAGGCGAAAGUUUCCAUGGAAGUUGUUCAGAAAAAUCAAGGAAGGAAAAAGCAGGUCGUUCAAUUUUAAUUUCGUUCUUUCUCAGACCUCGGUUGGAUGAACCCAUUCCAGUAUUUGGAGCCAGAGUUUCUUUGGAAAUUGCUCAGAAAAGUCAAGGAAGAUAAAAGCAAGCUGUUCCACUUUUAUGCAUGUUUUCCUAUGUGAGACAAGAUUCUGAGUUAUUUCAAAUAACUCGUGAAAAGUAUUACUGUAUACAUGGCCAAGACAAUUCUAUAAUUAACAUCUAAAGGGAAUACUCUGAAAUCCUUUUUAGUUUUUUAUAUAUUUGCCUCCGUUAUAAAUUUUUUCCAUGAAGAAAACUACUUUCAGCAAAAGCCACGCUGCUCUGAUAAAGCUGCUAGUCUUUUGGUAUGUCAAA